AUGAGUGAGACGAAUGUCGAUGACGUGAAUGUUGAUGAAGUGAAUGUUGAUGAAGUGAGUGUUGAUGAAGUGAAUGUUGAUGAAGUGAAUGUUGAUGAAGUGAAUGUUGAUGAAGUGAGUGUUGAUGAAGUGAAUGUUGAUGAAGUGAAUGUUGAUGAAGUGAGUGUUGAUGAAGUGAGUGUUGAUGAAGUGAAUGUUGAUGAAGUGAGUGUUGAUGAAGUGAAUGUUGAUGAAGUGAAUGUUGAUGAAGUGAAUGUUGAUGAAGUGAGUGUUGAUGAAGUGAAUGUUGAUGAAGUGAAUGUUGAUGAAGUGAGUGUUGAUGAAGUGAAUGUUGAUGAAGUGAGUGUUGAUGAAGUGAAUGUUGAUGAAGUGAAUGUUGAUGAAGUGAAUGUUGAUGAAGUGAGUGUUGAUGAAGUGAAUGUUGAUGAAGUGAAUGUUGAUGAAGUGAGUGUUGAUGAAGUGAAUGUUGAUGAAGUGAAUGUUGAUGAAGUGAGUGUUGAUGAAGUGAAUGUUGAUGAAGUGAAUGUUGAUGAAGUGAGUGUUGAUGAAGUGAAUGUUGAUGAAGUGAAUGUUGAUGAAGUGAAUGUUGAUGACGUGAAUGUUGAUUACAUCCAUAUUAAUGACAUUUGUAACGUUAAUCAUGUAUCUACACCUAAAAACGUGACACAAAAAUUUUGCAUUGCGUAUGAUAGGAGGUUUAAACAUAAACAGAAGUUUAGUAAGAAAUACCAGGGCUUUGAAGCGGGAGCUGGAGUGCGGAACAAUAGGAGCAACGAUAUUUUAGUUGGAGCGUGA